AUGCCGCAGCAUAACCAAUCCCACAUCUCUCUUGAGACCGUGGCGCCGAAGCUGGCCAAUGUGAUCCGUCCAGCGGCCGGAUUGGCAGCCAAAGAUGUGAAGUUUUACAAGGCUCUGGAUCCUCAAGUUAGUUCUUCGGCGGAUGCUUCUAGUGGCCUCAUUCUCGAAUUGGCGCAGCGGCUGGUGGAUCUCUCGACAGCAGACAAAGAGUCUGUUACCCUUUCUGCCGAUGCCGAGAUUCUGGACUUGACCCGACUAGUUGGUGAUGUUCUCGAUGAUCUGGUUGAGAAGACCGAUAUCGCACUUGAUGACUUCGAGAAGGGGAAGGUUUACGAUGCAGCGGAUGAAGCCAAAGAUAACGAGACAGAGUCCGAGGAUGGUUUCACAUACCUUGACCCAGGAAAUGCCCAGGCUAAUAAAUUAACCCGGAGAAGAGACAAGCCUCAAGAGCAAUUUGGAUUCGAAAUCGACAAUUCCGAAGAAACGCCUUUCCGGCCGCUUCUACCAACCAAGCCGCACGCUAUCCAUCCGUUGAACACUGCUUUGGUGGAUCCAGAGUACGUGUUUUCAGAGGUGUCUCAGUCCGAAAUAUUGGUCACCCCUCAACACUACGAGCAACCAUAUGCAUUUGAGAUCAUGAACCAGGAGUAUCCAGAAGCGAUAUUGCGGAAAUCGGUUCCUAUUGAUGCUAAGCCCUGGGCCGAAACCACUGCCAUCUGGGUCGAUACUCCAGAGUUGCUCCGCCAGAUGGUGGAUACUCUUAAGAACGAGGCUGCUAUUGCAGUUGAUCUAGAACAUCAUGAUUUCCGCACUUAUAGAGGUCUUACAUGCCUGAUCCAGAUCUCCAACCGGGACCAGGAUUGGCUGAUAGACCCAUUGGCUCUCUGGAGAGAGUUGCACAUCUUGAACGAGGUCACUGCUGACCCAAAGAUUGUUAAGGUUUUCCAUGGUGCCUUCAUGGACACACACUGGCUCCAGCGCGAUUUUGGGGUGUACGUGGUGAGUAUGUUCGACACUUACCAUGCGUGUGUUGCAUUGGGUUUCCCCCAGCGCGGUCUCAGCUACCUUCUGGAAAGAUUUGCCAAAUUCCGCACAUCCAAGGUUUACCAGCGUGCUGACUGGAGACUCAGACCACUCACCGAUAUUAUGAAGGAAUAUGCCCGUUCUGACACCCAUUUCUUGCUGUAUGUCUAUGACAACCUCCGGAACAUGUUGCUUGAGAACGGCAAGAUGUCCGAGGUGUUGGCUGCCUCCCGAAAGGUUGCUGCCCAGCGGUUUGAAUAUCCUGAUUUCAAGCCUUUGGAGCUUAGUGCUGGUAAUGGUUUCUCGUACGACACCGCAGCACAGUAUCGUGAGCGGCCGUGGGGAGGUCAGAUGGGCCGUUUGGGUGUUCCACGGGCGAAGGAAGAAGUCUUCAAGAGUCUUUAUCAGUGGAGGAAGUCCGUUGCACAGCAGAAUGAUGAGUCUGUGGCUUUCGUGAUGUCUUCGGCUCUUCUGGCUGAGUUGGCUUUGAAAGCACCAACUACUCUCACAGAACUUCGCUCUGUCAACCAGAAAAUUCCCGAUCUGGUACUUUCCAGAGAACAGGAAGUGGUUGAUUUGAUUAAUGAUGCAUUGGCCAGGUCUGAUCUGGAGGAUAUGGAGAAGCUCGGGUCUGUAGAAUUUGAGGAACCGGUUGAAACCCACACGGAGAACACCACUGGUAAUUUUGUCGAACUCAAAGAUGCGGGCGAAAUCGAGUCUGUGUUCCUGAAACUGGCCCAGAAACUCGAAUAUGCCAAAACGGACGCAAUCAUGGGUGCGAGGCCCAGAAUUCUAGGUGCUGAAAAGGCUACCUUUGCCGUGGAGUAUCCCCAGAGAGGUAAAGUGGUGACUCAUACGGUCGAAGAUCUUGACGGUCGCAAAGAAUUCCUUGCAAAAGAACUGGAUAACGAGGUUGUUGUUGUGCCAGAACAGACCACUGCUGAAGAGACAGGUUCGGUUGAGCCACAGAUCCCAGCUGAAGAACCAUCUGCGGCUCCGUCUUCGGUUUCGUCUUCGGACCCAUUGGAGGCCAAAACCGCUGCUGAAAAGGACGAAAUCAUCACUUUGCGCAAGAAAAGAGAACAGCCGUUUAGAGAACGCAAAGAAGCUGACACUGAGGCUGUGGACUAUUCAAAGUUUGACAAGAUCAUCUUGGACUCAGAAGGAAAGAGGGAAAGGUCCAGGAAGAAGGAUAAAACAAAGCCAAAACCCAUCUUUGAUCCUUACUCUGCCUCCAGCGAAGGUCCUCAAGGUGCCAAGAAGAAAGACAGGUUUAUUGGUGGAAAGUCUUCCACGUAUAAAGCCAAGAGGUAG